CAACAGGCGGCAGGUUUGCACGGGGUCUCCUGAAUUUCCCCUUCAAACCAUGGAGAAGAAGGACCGCAGCCCCUGAAGGGGGACCGUGGGAGGUGCCGAGGCAGGUGCACGUGAUGGUGGGGCGCGGAGGUGGGAAGCUCAGCGCCGACCUUCCUGCUGGGCUGCUGGAUCUCCUGGAUGCCGUGAAGAUCCUAAUGUGUGAAAAUGAAGUCCCAGUCAACCAUGAUUUGCUGUUUAAUGUUAUUUCUGACCACAGAAUGUUCUCAUUAUAGAGCCAAGAUCCACAUAAAAGAUGGAGAUAAACGUCAACAUCCUGAAGAGAAACCCCAGACUGGAAGGAUACAAGAGAAAUGCCAUGGACCUUGCAUCACUUCAUCCAACUGCAGCCAGCCCUGUGCUCAGUCCUUUCGUGGAGAAAUAGGAUUUACAUGUAACCAAAACAAAUGGCAAAAGUCAACUGAAACAUGUACAAGCCUUUCCGUGGAAACGCUCUUUCAGGACUUAAACAGUGCAUCACGCCUUUCCAUCGCAGCGCCCUCCAUACCCCUGCGCAUUCUUGACUUUCGUGCUCCGGAGCCCCUGCAGAGCGCAGCGCAAGGAAUCCUCAGGAACUGCCCGCGGGACUACGCCUGCAUAAUUGACGUGGUGAAAUCCUCCGAAGCCACGUCUGGAAAUAUCGCAUUUAUUGUGGAGUUACUAAAAAACAUUUCUACAGAAUUGUCUGAUAAUGUUACCCAAGAGAAAAUGAAGAGCUACAGCGAAGUGGCCAACCACAUCCUCGACACAGCAGCCAUUUCAAAUUGGGCUUUCAUUCCUGACAAGAACGCCAGCUCAGACUUGCUGCAGUCGGUGAAUUUGUUUGCUCGGCAACUCCACCUCCACAACGCAUCUGAGAACAUUGUGGAUGAACCCUUCAUUCAGACGAAAGGGUUCCACAUCAGCCACAACAACUCAGAGGAAAGUUUCAGAUUCUCCGGGGACAUGAACAAUACAACAGAGGGAAUCUUAGGAAUGAUAGAAAUCCCCAAGCACGAGCUAGGGAAGCUGCCACCAAAUGCCUCCCAAGCCAUCACCAUAGCGUUUCCCACCCUGGGCGCUGUUCUGAAAGAAGACCACUUGCCAAAUGUGAGUCUUCCCAGGCCGGUAAACAGCCUGGUUCUUUCGGUGAUUUUACCAGACAGAUUAAAGCAAAUCUUACUCACGUUUGAGAAGAUCAAUAAGUCCCGGAGUGCUAGGGCUCAGUGUGUUGGCUGGCAUUCCAGGAAAAGGAGAUGGGAUGAGAAGGCGUGUGAAAAGACGUUGGAUAUCAAGAACAGAGUGAAAUGCCGGUGUAACUACACCAAUGCAGUGAUGUCUUUUUCCAUUCUAAUGUCCCCCAUAUCUAUAGAUGACAAAAUCCUGGACUACAUCACCUGCAUUGGGCUCAGCGUCUCCAUCCUUAGCUUGGUUCUUUGUCUGCUCAUUGAAGCUACGGUGUGGUCCCGGGUUGUUGUGACAGAGAUAUCAUACAUGCGCCACGUGUGCAUCGUGAACAUAGCCGUGUCGCUCCUGACUGCUAAUGUGUGGUUCAUCAUAUCCUCCAACUUUAGCAAAAAGGCCCAGGACCACAACUGGUGUGUGGCAAUGACAUUUUUUAGCCACUUUUUCUACCUCUCUCUGUUUUUCUGGAUGCUCUUCAAAGCACUGCUCAUCAUCUAUGGAAUAUUGGUCGUUUUUCAUAGGAUGAUGAAGUCCCGCAUGAUGGCCAUUGGCUUUGCCAUUGGCUAUGGGUUCCCACUGAUCAUCGCUGGCACCACAGUUGCUAUCACAGUGCCAGAGAAAGGCUACAUGAGACAUGAUGCCUGUUGGCUUAACUGGGACAAUACCAAAGCCCUUUUAGCAUUCGCCAUCCCAGCCUUGGUCAUUGUGGCCGUGAAUCUUCUUGUGGUUUUGGUUGUUGCGAUCAACACUCAGAGGCCCUUUAUCGGCAGUUCCAAGUCUCAAGAUGUGGCCAUAAUUAGGAGGAUCAGUAAAAAUGUUGCCAUCCUCACCCCACUGCUGGGACUGACCUGGGGUUUUGGGAUAGCCACUCUCAUCAAAGGCAAUUCCUUGAUAUUCCACAUAAUCUUUGCCCUGCUCAAUGCUUUCCAGGGGUUCUUCAUCUUGCUGUUUGGAACCAUUAUGGAUCACAAGAUAAGAGAUGCUUUGAGGAUGAAGAUGUCUUCCCUGAAGGGGCCAACAAGAGUAGCAGAGAAUGCAUCAUUAAGCCCAACCAAUGGAUCUAAAUUAAUGAAUCGUUGAAGAUGAGAUGCUUCCCCAUUCCUCAUGGAUGCUCACUGCCCUGGACUGAGAGUUGAGUUUCAGGAGAAGGGCUGGCAUGAGACGAGACUGGUCUGCUUCUUUGGGAUACUUCUCUUCUUGCCUGGAGCAACACCUAAACUCUCAGCGUGUUAAUGUUUGCUGAGGAAACAUGGCGGUUAACAUUUGGUGACUUGGCUUUAAGAAAGCUAUCUACUGACCAACCUUUUGACCUACCCUUGACCUGAUGGAGUCUGGCUUCUUGGUCAACCUUGACAAGAUUAAGACUCAAUAUGCAAGCUGUUUUAUAAACUCUGGAAAAGCCUGGGGCUAUCGAGGCCCUGCAGGGCUUGGUCAGCUUUCCUUCCUGAGGCCUACUCUGUGCUCAGCCAUCCAUCCCUCUGAAUAGAUCCUGUGCAUGUUGAGGGACCGGGUUAGAUCUGGUUUCAGGGGGAAGGUUGAGGGGGAAGUGGGAGGUAAGGUGGCAAGAGAAACAUUGAAUCUACUUUGGAGAAAAUUAAGUCAUGCAGCUUUCCUAAAGAUAAGGAACAGAAGAAAAAUAAGAGGACUUUUUAAUGUGUUUAUUAUUGUAGUCUAUUUUAGACCUUGAAUAAAAUUAAUUCAGCUCUUAGAACAUUAGUUUCCUCAUUUGUGAAACAGGAAAAUUAUUAUUUUAGGUAUUAUUGUGUUUGUGUGUGUGUCUGUUUAAACCACUGUAUAUAAAAGAGUCUGGUUAUUAUUUUAGAAAUAAAAAUGAAAAUAUUUACCUUUCA